GCAAGUUUUAUUGAGGCUAAAGUGUAAACUUUCUUAGUUAACAGGUAAAUAUGCAAGAAUAUUGUUAGUUCAGUGGAUGUUUUGUUUUCCCUAAAAAAAAAAAUGAACGUUAGGGGUCAUGUUAAUUUUAAUUAUAGCUUUUUUUAAGAAGAAAAUAUAUAUGAAAUAUAGGGAGAAGAAACUUCUUAAAUUUAGGAAUCACAGAAGAAAUUGCAAAAAAACUCAUAGGUUUCAAUGCACGUACAUGAAAGCACCUCUACAUGAAAGGGAGAACAUUGUAAUCAAAGUAAAAAGGCAUUGGACAAAACUGAAGGUGUUUGCAGAAAAUAUGAUCAAGCCAUGAUAUAUGAAAGCUUGUAUAUGUUUAUAAAAAUAUUGAGAUACGAGGAAUAAUUUUAAAAGCAUCAGCAAGCAUAAGGUAAUUUCAUUUGUUCCAAAAUCAGUGAUACACCACUACCAAGGAGAAUGCUGUGAUUAUGCUGCUGGUGGCAGUAUAACCAAAUUUAAUUUCUCUAGAAAACAAUUUUGAAGUAUGUUAACAAGACCAGAAAUGUGUUCAAAUUUUUGUAGUCUUUCCCCACAUCGUGGACUUACCCAAACAAGUAACCAAAAAUAGCACAAAUUGAAAUUAAAAUGAUUACAUACUGUUAUUAAAACUUUACAAAUGCUUGUGAAAAUCCUGAAACUAAUUCAUCAUCUUCCACAUGUGACAUAAUGUGAUUUUGUUUAACAGAAAUGUUAAGAUUUAUAAUUUCUGACUUUAAUUUGUAGUUUUUUUGAAAGUUAUACAUGAAUAUAGUUUAAAGAAUUAAAUAGUUCUAUGAAGAUUUUAGGGAAAAGAAAAUCAGUCCCCUGUCUUCCUUUCAUACUCUUCCUAGAGAGAUAAGGAGCUCCUUUAGUUCCUUUGGUUGGUUAUUUUGCUGUUUGCUGCCUUGUGUCCAACCUGUUCUUGUUGAUUUUCAGUUUUAAUUGUUAUAUAUUUAAUGAAAGAUGAGGAUUUAGCACUCUUCCCACCUCACCACGUACCUUCUAGUUUCCUAUACCCCAGGUUUUCAGUACAGUUAUAUUGUGAUUUUGGUUUAGAACAAUACAUAGUGUUAUAUUUUUAUGACUGUUACUUACUACUGGGUCAUUGUAAUAAACUGUUAACUUUUUCCUUUCCUGUGCAACUUUUUUCCUAGUAUUAAUAAUUUUCUUAAUUUUUUCUUUUUCUUUUUUUAUGUGCCUAUAUAUCACAAAAUCUACUCCAGUCUGUAUAGCUGAAUGUGAUUCUAUAAGAGAAUAUGUCCCAAGAAGACUCUGUUUAAAUAAGAAUUUAUAUACUUUUCUUUAUGUUGGACAGUGUUGAACUUGAUGAUAAGAUAGAUUGAUAAUUGAUAGUGAAAUUGGUUGUUUGUUUGUGAAAAUUAAGUAGCUUUAACAUUUGACUUAUACUUUUGUAAGAUGCUGCUGUAUGGCAGAACUGAAUCAGUUCACUUUGUUCAACAAUUAGGAGGACUUUGAUGGCUUAAAGUAACUAUAAGGACAGCUGAAGUUAAUCAGACGGAAAGCUUCCCUGGUGAAGAAGUAGCCUGUGUUGUCAGCAGCUUCAAAAAAUGUUAAUGUUAAAAAAGAUUGCUCUGGACAUUCUGUGAUUUCUCUUUCUUCCUGACCUGUGGAAAGGAAAGAUCAUUUUACUGGCAGUGCUAAGAAGGGCAAGCUGAUACAAAAUCAGGGACAUAUAACAGUGGCAAGAUGCUGAAAAAGGAAAAUAAAGGGAAGAGUGAAGAUACAUGGAGUGAUAAAGAUUUGAAGGCAGUAACUAUUCUUAGAAUGAAGGCAACUGCCAGUCAGUGACAAGUCAAAAGAGAACAUAACUCUUCAGGUUGAAGGGAGAAGGAGUGUGUCUAUUUCACAUCCUAAGGUUAGCACUCUUUAAGUCCUUUUUGUGAUACACGUUGUGUAGGUUCUUACAUGCAUUUGUAGUGGAAAGAGGUUGAAGCCUGUUUACUGAAAGGGUAACUAAAAUUGUAACAUUUUAGUGGCUUAAAAGACAUCACAAUAUUUUAUGACUGGUGAAAUUACCCUGGCCCAUACAUACACUAAUCUCAGAUGUUCUUUGUAUUCACAAGCAGCAAAACAGACACAGGAACAUCAUAAGUGGCUUUCUACGAUAUUGCUCUAGGCUCCCUGUAGUGAAAGCUCGAAAAGCGGAGACUUCAGAUAGUUGUUUUGACAUUUAAUGAGAAAAUACAGCUUUUGUACAUGAAUGUUUUGAGUACGAUAAAGAUAGAUACAUGUGGUUGUGUAAUUUUGUAUAUUAAUUCAAGGCUCAGGUGUUUAUAUUCUUUCUCUUAAAAAGAAAAAGCUAGUGAAACAAGAGAAGCACUGAAUUUUGCCCAAGCUCAAUUAGCAUGCAUCCACUAUUUUUAUAUGAAUGUGAGUCUGGGUAAUUAUUAGAGAUUGUGCUUAUUUUGGAGGAAUAGCUACAUCGACAUUCCAAACUGAGACUGUGGCAUUAGUAGAUUAGGUAGCUGGGAAAGUAGGGAAAUGAAAAAGCAGAACUUAAUGCUGUAAGAAUUUUGCAUUUCUUGAUGAGACCUCAUUACUGAAAUAACUUUAUGCCUUGAAAAUUUUAUAAUGCCAGUGGAAUUGGUAUGACACAAUUCUUUCCAACUUUUUCUCAAAUACUAGUGAAUUGGGUGCCUCCUGUAAUCGAGAGUUGGUCUGGGUUGUACUAACUUAGCUGCAUGUGCUCUUGGAAUAUUUUUGAUAGCAUUUUUUGGAAGAAAUCAAAACGAAGGGACUUUUCCCUCCCCUGGUUCUAUUUUCAGAAGUUAAGUGAAAGAUCCAUAAUACCUAAUACAUAAUAGAAAUAGUGGUAAUAGCUUAGGUUAAUAUAAUUUACAAAGUAUACAUUUCAUAUAGAUUAGUUCAAUUGCUGGAUAGGUGUAGGAGCUAUUUCCCCUGCAACACAGGGGAAACAGUGACAGUGCUGGGAGGAAUGAGAGACAGGUUUCCAACUGUUGGUUCUGUUCUAUGUACAAGAUGUUACGUUGGGUAGAUAUAUCAGAAAUGGGAUGUAAAAUGGAUCCAAGUUAUAUUACUAUUAAUAACUUGUGCUUAAAUAGCAUUUAAACAUUACAAAUAAAGUGGAAAAACAUUUAAACCUUUUACCACUUAAAAAAGGGUCUAUGUAAUCUUACGUGGUUCUCAUAAUUACUGUGAAAUAGACCAGGGAUUAAUAUCCCCACUUUAUAAAUGGUCAUAAGUGACUUGCCCAGUAUCUUAGAGCCAGGAAGUGGCAGAACCAGAUCUCUAACUGAGAUCUUUGGCUCCUAGGUAGUGUUUCUUAAGUAUGCAGUCUCAUUGCUUCUCACCCAGUUUGUGUGUACUACUGCUGAAUCACAGAAGGAAACUAAAUUGGUAUCUGACUACCUACACUCCUGUCAAUAUGCAAAAAGAUUGAAGUCAUUCAGUGAUAUAAAUACCAGUUGUAUUUAUGUGAUUCAGGAUAUAAGUAAAACUAAUUUCUACCAUUAUUUAAAGAAACUACAAUGAAAUCUUUGAAAAAAAUGAAGUCCUUUAUGAAAUUAAGAUACUGUGUACAUUUAUUUAUUAAAUGAAUUUUCACAUUAAGUUUACUUAAUGCAUGAUAUAUUUAUAUAAUCUAGGUUGAGGGUUUUAGUAAUUUUUCUUCUGGUUUCUGCUUUACUGACCUUCAAAAUACCAAUCUGGAACACUGAAAUGGCUAGUUUUAAAACCUUGCCUAGCAAUUUACAGUAUUUUUUUCUGAUUAUUAGUUUGCAUAUAUAUGUAUUUUGUGUGGGUGUGUGUGUGAGAGACAGAGAGCCUGAGACAGAUACUAACUUCUGGUUCUUUCAUUUGGUCUACAUUUUCCUUUAAAAAAUACUCCCUUGAGUAAAAGUCUGUUUUUCAGUCAGAUGAAUUGAGUAGAUUACACACAGGAUAUCUACUUAGUUGGUCUCUCCAGUAAAAGGAACCAAGUGUUGGAAACAGAAUUAUUUUAGUGUUCAUUAGUAAUUUUUCUUACAUGAAUCAUUUUGUUAAGUAAGCUAGUGAUGUUCUUGUUGACUUUUUUUAUACUGACUGUAUUAAAGAUGAUUUCCCUUUAAAAUGUUUUGGUAGUAUAUUUUAGAUGGGUUACAUGAGUAAUUAUCUCACAGUGUUCUGAUUUUAAAUUAUAUAUAGAUAUGCUGGUGUAGCAGAAAGGACCUUUGACUUUCAGGUCAGGGGACUGCCACAAACUUGAAAUCACUUUAAUCUAAUUGUAUACCUUCACUGGGUCUUAGAUUCCUGUGUAUAAAAUAAGAAUGUUUAGCUAAUUAUACUUAACGAUUUUUUCAUCUUAAACUUUCUAAGGCCCUGUUACAUUCAUCUAUAUAAAAUAAAGAUAAUUAUUUUUCUUGAGACAAAAUAUCUAGAUGGAUUUGUAAUGUUAGCAUUUAGUGUAUUUUCAGUUUUUUCUUGAUGUAGGUGCUCAAUUUUAUUUAUUUAAAAAUUGAAAAAUUUAUUAUGUAGCAUUUUAUAUGGAAGAACUACAACAGAAAGCCUGUAAUUAAAAAUGUUGUAAGCCUUUAUAGAACUUAUGGAGGUUAUCAUCCCUGAUUACUUACUUUUAAGGUUCUAGUUAACCUUUCUUCAGUAUAAUCCCAUAUUUUGUUAAGCAAGAUCCUUUGGUUACUAAUGAUACUUUUUUUUUUCUGUUUAAGAAAUGGAUUUUCUAUUGCAGUAUUUUUAGGACUGCAUGCAACAACCGUUUAAAUUAGAAUAAGGUCUGUAGUUUAGUUAAUAGUAUUAUAUCAAUGUCAGUUUCCUGGUUUUGUAAUGUACUAUUGAUUAUGUAAAAUGUCCUUGGGAAAAAUUGAGUAAAGAGUACGUGGAAACUCUGAACUAUUUUCACAACUUUUUGUGAAUCUUAAACUAUUUUAAAAAGUUAAAUGAAAUUCGUCUUUGGGUAUGAUUCAGGGUCUGUUUGUAGAAACUGCAUAUUACUAAUUUUACUAAUUGUAAGUUGAAAUACAUAUUCUUUGGGGAUUAAAAAUUAACUUUUGUCUGAAAUGUAGCACACCUCUAGAAAAGUACCCAAAUGUUAAGUGUAUACUUCAGCAGAUUUUUAUGAAGUGAACACACCCAUGUAACCAGCACCCAGGGGAAGAGAUAGAACACCAACUGCAACCCAGAAUUUCCUGCAUGAUUCCUCCUGGUCAUUUCUCACAACAAAGGCUAACCAGUGUCCUCAAUAAGUGUUUAGUUCUGAUGUUAAUGUUAAAAUAUUAGUGAAUUUUACAGGAAAAUAUUAGUGAAUCUCAUUUUUUUCUUUGCAUGCAGAGCCAUCUAUUUGCAUCAGAAGUAAUGUAAUUAACUAGCACAACGAUUAAAGUACUUAAUUGUGAAUUAUGUACUUAAUGUAGAAAUUAUACAGUGAUAGAAUAAACUUUUAACUACGAUGAUAUAUUGAAAAUCAAUAACAAAAGAUGAAAUUAGAUGUGUGGUGGCAACUACUAGCUAUUUUCCAGAAUUCAUUGUUUUGUGCAGUAGAAUCAUGCAUAGUUGUCUAUAUACCCAGAAGUCUUUGGUAGAUAACUCAAUGUGUAUUUGCUGAAUUGAGAAAAAAAUCAGUUAUAAAACUAACAUUCUCAAUGCACAAAGCUUAGAAAACUGCAAAACAUAAGGGACAACAGAAGAUUUUGGCUAUGGCAAAACAGUCCUGUAGAGGCCAAUAUCUGAGGUUGAGUAGUAAAUGGAUUUGGGCAACAUUUCCCCCAUUCCUCUCUCCACCCCAAAGAUGGUCUUUGUGCUGUGGAUAGAAAAGGAUCCUUAACUUCCCUAUAAUGCUUGGAAAACUGUCAAUGGUAGGUGAGAUUAUUUCCCAGUCUCCUUAUUUAUUUGAUUGACUGAACCUAUGUGACUAAGUUAUUGCCAAUGAAAUGUGAGAAGUGAUGCAAGCAGUAUCUACUUCAUUUACUGCUUAAGAAAUUUCUGAACCUGAACUUCCAUUGUUUGUGUUUUACCGCUGGCUAGAAUAGCAUCCAAGUAAGGCCGAUGUCUCUCUGAAUUAUUGGAGCAGAGCUGCUCACAGACCUGGAGCAGUCAAACUUGGACUGUUUUUAAGAAGGAAACUUGUUUCUUAGGCAACUGCCCUUUGAGGUCUCUUUGCAAUAGCUGCUUAGUAUAUGCUGACAAAUGCAUACUUCAUCCAAGUAAUUCUUAGGUACACAUCUGCUAUAGUUGUUCUGAACGAAGGUUGCAAAGUUUAUGAAUGAUUUACUUUAAAAAAAUACUUAGCACAGAUUUAAUAUUACCCCUAUGAUGUCACUCAUGUUUGCAUUCCUAUGGUGCUCUCUUAAAUGUAAAUGAUUAGGGGACUAAAGAUAUUAGAAUCUUUUCAGUAAACAAAUUGAGAACUGUACAUUUUAAAAAUAGAGACAAGUGGCAAUUUUUUAAACAUUUUUUUAUUGACUUAUAGUGACAAGUGGCAAUUUAAAGCUUACAUAGACCACCCAUAGUUUUUGUGUUUCAUGGAGUUAUUCAUUUGAUGUUGCCUGAUCAAUGUAUAUGUAUGUUUUAUUUCUACUGCUUGUACCUAUUCAUUUGACAGUGAGAUAAUGUACACUGAAGAAACUGCCAGACAUUUACAUAUCAGAUGAACAUUCAUUCAGAAUAUCACCUUUCACUAGUACCUUCUAGUGGAAAACUAAGGUAAUUACAGGGAGUGUAACCUUGUCUCUUUCUGCUUAACAUCUUGGUUAUCCAUGCCCUUUCAUCUUCAUUAGUAUUUAGGUAAAAUUGAUAUAUUUUAAAUGGUGACUUUAUCCAUGAGAUUGUAUAAGAAACUGAAGUGUUUGGAUUAGAAAAAAAACCGUCAAAGUUAGUGUAGCUUUGGGAUUAUAUAUAUUUUAUAGACUGCUUAUUUUCUAAAAUUCAUAACCCACAGAAGCCACAUGGUAAUUCAACCUAAUGUAUUCAGGUAGUCUUAAUAUUUGAUUUAAUUAUCAUUUUAAAUAAGUCGGUGUGUUUUUAAAAUUUAUUUGUAUAGGUAGUGGUUCUCAAACUUUAGCUAGCAUCAGACUCACCAGGAAAACUGGAUGAAACACUGUUAAACCCCAACUCGAGUUCCUGAUUUAGUAGGUCUGGGUGGGGUGCAAGAAUUCACAUUUCUAACAAGUUCCCAGGUAACCAUGAUAGCUACUCCUACAACACAUGUUGAUUAAUCACUGAUGGUGGUUAGCUAUCAAACUUAAAAAAAGUAAACAGAAUACAGACAGUCUCUGACAUGAUUAUUUUGACUUUAUGGUGGUGCAAAAGCAAUAUGCAUUGAGUAGAAAAAAACAGUGUUUUAAAUUUUGAUCUUUUUCCAAGCUCGUGAUAUGCAGUACAAUACUGUCUUGUGAAACUGGGCAGUGGCAGUGAGCUGCAGCUCCCAGUCAGCCCACGAUCACGAGGGUAAACAGCCAACACGUGAUACACUUACAACCGUUCGGUAUGCAUACAGCCUUCUGUUUUCAGCAGUGUCCAAUAAAUUACAUAAAAUAUUUAACUUAUAAUUAUAAAACAGGGUUUGUGUUAGAUGAUUUUGCCCAGCUGUAGGCUAAUUAAUGUAAGUACUCUGUUUAAGAUAUGCUGGGCUAAACCUUGUUUGAUAGAUUAUGUAUAUUAAAUGCACUUUUAACUUAUGAUAUUUUUCAACUUAGGUUUCAUUGAGACAUAGUAAGUUGAGGAAGAUCUGUAUAACAAACACCUGAAUCCCAUUAUGUUGCUUUAACAAAUAUUAAAUGCUUUGUCACAUUGCUUCAGAUUCCCUUCACUUUUUAAGAAAUAAAAUACUGCAGAUGCAGCUAAAUGUGUAUAUCCUCUCUACCAUCUGACUUCCCUUCUUCUCUUCCUCAAAAGAUGACCACUCUGCAGAUUGUAAUCAUUUCCAUGUAAGCUCUUGCUACAUGUAUAUAUACCCCAAAGUAAAGUAUUUUGCAUAUUUUAAUUGUGUAUAAAUGAUAUGAAAUAUGUGCCUUUUUGUAAUUUACUUUUUAAAUUAUGCUUCUGAGAUUUGUGCCUGUAAUGUAUUCUUUCAGAGUCAUACAUUUAUAACUUUAGUGUAAUCUUUAAUUACAUAAAUAUGCCAUUUUUAAAAUUUAUCCUUCUACUGAUGGGCAUUUAGGUUUGUGGCAGCCGCUUGUGGUUAUAUAGUCAACUGCCAUUCCUCAUUUACCUCUUUUUUCCUUACUUUGAGUAUGCCCUCCUAUAUACAUAGGAGAGAUGCCUUCUUUCCAGUCCCAAAGGAGUGAAUGUUGAUUUGUCUAAGCCGAUCUAAGUAGUCUGUCUUAAGUAGUUUCUUCCUUUACCAGUUUAGGGGGUGGUGUGUAGUACAGUCCUGAUCAAAGAUAUGUAAAGCAAAAUCUGGGAGAGACUUUCAGGAAAGAUUUUUUUUCCCCUGGAAAAAAAGACAUGAAGGUAAACCUCCCAGCUUUGGAUAUGGUUUUGCAAGGAUGGGAUGAUUGUAGCAAUAGCUGUUUCUUGAGACUCUGUAGAGACAGAUCUGAGGAUGAGAGCAUUUGAGUAUUUGACUGUGUAAUUGUCCUGGAAUUACCAUUUUUCCCACCUCUUUUAAUGUGGAAUUUUCUUCUUUGUUUUAACCACUUCUAGUUGAAUAUUCUGUUAUUUGCAACCAAAGCAUCCUGUUAUAAGAUAGAUAACAUAAAAAAAAACCCAAACCAACAAUACUGUAAUAAAGAUUCUUGAAUUUGUCUUCUGUUUCUCUAGGGUAGAUAGAUAGAAGUGAAAUUUGAGGGCUAUAGAGUGUCAUAUUCAGCUUUAGUAAAUGUUAAAUUGCUUCCCCAAAUAGUUCCCCAAAUAUAUGCUUCCACUGCAGUGUACCCUAGUUUCUGUUUAUUUACAUUAGAUCUUUGCUUAACACCUGGUAUUUUUGUACAUUAAUUUUUGCCUCUUAAUGUCUUGGUGCAUUAUCUAGAUUAUUAGUAAUCAUGUCUCUGCUCAGCCAUCUGUCCUGUUUAUAUCCUUUAUAUAGUUGUCUGCCAUACUGGAGUUUUUUUCCAUCUUGAUAUGUAUGUGUGUAUAUAUGUAUGUCUUACAUAUUCUGGAUAUUGAUCUUUGUUUAUACAUAUUGCAAAUAUCUUUUAGUCUAUAACUUGUCAUAACCUUUGUUUAUUAUGUUCUUUAUUGUAGAAUAAUAUUUAAAGAAUUUAAUUAAAUUUAAUCAAAAUUUUCUUUUAAGAUUUGUGCUUUUUGUGUCUUUUCUAAAAAAUCUUUCCCUACCCUAAAGUCAUAAUAGUCUCCUAUAUUUUAUUCUAAAAGUUGUUAAGAAUUUUGUUUUUCACAUCAGGAUUUUUAACCCUCUUGGAAUUGACUUUUGUAUAGGACGUGAGGAGGAACCAUUUUUUCACAAUCGACGUUAUUGUUUCUUUUUCUAAAUUCUGUUCUGCUCUUUUGGUCUGUCUUUCUGGCUCUGUACCAGUUCUGUUAUUAGUGUAACUUUAUAAAAAGAAGUUUUUAUCACCUUACUAAUUUUUGAAUUGUCUUGGUUGUCCUUGGGUUUUUCCUCUUCCAUAUAAAUUUUUGGAUGAGCUUGUGCAGUCUCACCGAAAACAAACAACUACCAGGAUUUUGAUUGACUUUGAAUUAAAUUUGUAUGUACACUCGGGAAGACUUUAUAUGUCUUACACCAUUUGAUCCAUUCAUAUAGGUGAUAUCUCUCCAGUUUUUAUAAUAAUUCUUGACUGUCCUUCAAUAAUGUCUUAUAAAUUUCUCCUUUUAAUGGUCUUGUUCUGCUUAUUUCUAGGAGCCUAAUAAUUUUUGUUUAUAAUUACAUUUUAUAAUUGGUUUUCACUGAAGGAAAAUUGAUUUUUAAAAACUUUACAUUGAAAUGCAACAUGUGUACAGGAAACUACACAGAGUAUAGUCUUGAAGCUAAUCUACCAAAUAAAUCAUCUAGAUCUGCACUUUCCAGUAUAGUAGCCAGUAGCCGCAUGUGGCUAGUCUGAAGUAAAAGAUGUUCUGAAAAAUAGAGAUGAAGGUACAUAUGCACACAAAAUUUUGCCUCAUUUGUUUGCUGACAUUUAUUUUCCAUCAUUGCAACCAUUGCCAUGGAGAACAUGACCAUGGUUCUGAAGAGCAUCACAGACACCAUCGUGGAAUGACAGAAUCGGAGUCAAGCAAAUUUUCAGUGCUGGAUGCUGAAAAUCAAAAAAAGUAUUAUAUUGAAAAACUUUUUGACCGUUAUGGUGAAAAUGGAAGAUUGUCCUUUUUUGGUCUGGAGAAACUUUUAACAAACUUGGGCCUUGGAGAGAUAAAAGUAGUUGAGAUUAAUCAUGAGGAUCUUGGCCAUGAUCAUGUUUCUCACUUAGAUAUUUUGGCAGUUCAAGAGGGAAAGCAUUUUCACUCACAUAACCACCAGCAUUCCCAUAAUCAUUUAAAUUCAGAAAAUCAAACUGUGACCAGUGUAUCAACAAAAAGAAACCAUAAGUGUGAUCCAGAGAAAGAGACAAUUGAAGUAUCUGUCAAAUCUAAUGAUAAACAUAUGCAUGACCGUAAUCAUCGCUUAUGUCAUCACCAUUGUUUGCAUCAUCACCUCGAUCAUAACACUACUCGUCAUUUUCCUAAUGAUUCCAUUACUCACAGUGAGCGUGGGGAGCCUAGCCAUGAACCUUCAACAGAGACCAAUAAAACACAGGAGCAAUCUGAAAGCAAGCAACUGAAAGGAAAGAGGAAGAGAAAAGGGAAGAAAAGUAAUGAAAAUUCUGAGGUUAUUACACCAGGUUUUCCCCCUAACCAUGAUCAGGGUGAGCAGUAUGAGCAUAAUCGGGUCCACAAACCUGAUCGUGUACAUAAUCCAGGUCAUUCUCAUGUACGUCUUCCAGAACAUAAUGGUCAUGAUCCUGGUCAUGGACACCAAGAUCUUGAUCCUGAUAAUGAAGGUGAACUUCGACAUACUAGAAAACGAGAAGCACCGCAUGUUAAAAAAAGUGCAAUUUAUUCAGCUGCUAGUCACAAAGAUCAUAAUGAAGAUGACCGGCAACAUGAGUGUUUGAACGUCACUCAGUUGUUAAAAUACUAUGGUCAUGGUGCCAAUUCUCCGAUCUCACGUGAUCUAUUUACAUACCUUUGCCCUGCUUUGUUAUAUCAAAUUGACAGCAGACUUUGUAUUGAGCAUUUUGACAGACUCGUAGUUGAAGAUUUAAAUAAGGAUAAAAGUCUGAUUCCUGAAGAUAAGGCACAUAUAGGGGCAUCAGCAUGGAUUUGUGGUAUCAUUUCUAUCACUGUCAUUAGCCUGCUUUCCUUGCUAGGAGUGAUCUUGGUUCCCAUUAUUAACCAAGGAUGCUUCAAAUUCCUUCUCACAUUCCUUGUUGCACUAGCUGUAGGAACAAUGAGUGGAGAUGCUCUUCUUCAUCUACUGCCUCAUUCUCAGGGUGGACAUGAUCACAGUCAUCAACAUGCACAUGGGCAUGGACAUUCUCAUGGACACGAAUCGAAGAAGUUUCUGGAAGAAUAUGAUGCUGUAUUGAAAGGACUUGUCGCUCUAGGAGGCAUUUACCUGUUAUUUAUCAUUGAACAUUGCAUUAGAAUGUUUAAGCACUACAAACAGCAAAGAGGAAAACAGAAAUGGUUUAUGAAGCAGAACACAGAAGAAUCAGCUAUUGGAAGGAAGCUUUCAGAUCAUAAGUUAAAUAAUACACCAGAUGCUGACUGGCUUCAGCUCAAACCUCUUGCCGGAACUGAUGACUCAGUUGUUUCUGAAGAUCGGCUUAAUGAAACUGAACUGACAGAUUUAGAAGGUCAACAAGAAUCCCCUCCUAAGAAUUACCUAUGUAUAGAAGAGGAGAAAAUCAUGGACCAUUCUCACAGUGAUGGAUUACAUGCCAUUCAUGAGCAUGAUCUCCAUGCCGCUGCACAUAACCACCAUGACGAGAGCAAAACUGUACUGAGGAAGCAUAAUCAUCAGUGGCACCACAAACAUUCUCAUCAUUCCCAUGGUCCCUGUCAUUCUGGAUCAGAUCUGAAAGAAACAGGAAUAGCCAAUAUUGCAUGGAUGGUAAUCAUGGGGGAUGGCAUCCAUAACUUCAGUGAUGGCUUAGCAAUUGGAGCAGCUUUCAGUGCUGGAUUGACGGGAGGAAUCAGUACCUCUAUAGCUGUCUUCUGUCAUGAACUGCCACAUGAAUUAGGUGAUUUUGCAGUUCUUCUUAAAGCAGGCAUGACUGUAAAGCAAGCAAUUGUAUACAACCUCCUGUCUGCCAUGAUGGCUUACAUAGGCAUGCUCAUAGGCACAGCUGUUGGUCAGUAUGCCAAUAACAUCACACUUUGGAUCUUUGCAAUCACUGCAGGCAUGUUCCUCUACGUAGCCUUGGUGGAUAUGCUUCCAGAAAUGUUGCAUGGUGAUGGUGACAAUGAAGAACAUGGCUUUUGUCCAGUAGGACAGUUCAUUCUUCAGAAUUUAGGACUGCUGUUUGGAUUUGCCAUCAUGCUGGUAAUUGCCCUCUAUGAAGACAAAAUUGUGUUUGACCUCCAGUUUUGACCAUUCCCAGCAAUCACUGCUGAUUACGAGAAUGUUGCCUUGCAGCUUUGCAUCUGUUCCUUGUACUGUAAGCACGUCGCUCAAAGAAAAGUCAGUGGCUUGCACUACUUACAAGUUCAUAGAUUUGAGCCUAACCACAAAGACCGGUGCUCAGUACUGUUUUCCCCGCGUGAAGGGAUCUUUCAAAAAUGUAAAGCUUGUAAUAAAGAAAGGAGGAAAUGGGACUCCGUGAACCAAUGUUGAUAUAGGUUUGAUUAAGACUUUAAAAAACAAUAAUAUGAAACACUAAAGUAGUCUCUUUAUUAGUAGAAACUUCUGUGGCUAUGCAGAAAUAGAAAUUGAACCAAAAAAAAUCACUUAACUUUAAAAAUAUCCUAAAUGGACUCUGGGCAGACUUUUCUUUGUGCUAAAAAUUAAUUGUAGUGUCCUUUAAUUCAGCUCCAUAUAUGCGUAUGGUAAUAGGGAUCAACUUGACACAGCUUUGAAACCGCAUAGACUGUAGGACCUAGAGGAACGCACAGGCUGCAUUAGGGUAUGAAUUUAGCAUUGGGAAAAGCCCUUAUUCUUGAAUCUAGAGUUACUAUUUUUGUAUAUAUUUGCAUAGUGUUUAAACUUGCAGCCUAAACUACUGAAAUUUGUGAUUGUACAUUUGUGUGUGCUUCAGUUUAAGGAAAGAUUCAUAAUGGUUCUUUGUAUUAAUAUUAUUCUUGGUGUUUGGGUUUUAUUUUUAACUUUUAUUUUGUUUUGGGUUUUUUGGUGGGGGGCGAGGGGUUGGAGCAUGUGGUAAAAUUUUUUUGUUGUUGUUGUUAAAAUUGUAACCCUUUAGAAAAUAUCAGCGAAGUGAAGAACUCGAACGUGGUCUAAAUAUUCAGUUUUCCGACUUUAACAGUACUAACUAGUUAUGUGGGAAACUUAAGUUUUAAAUGUACACAGUGCUUUACCUGUUUGGCGUUGGAACUCAGAGCACACGCUGUGGCUGGCAGUACGGGUAAGGCAGCAAGUUUACCGUGUCCGUGUUCUGUACAUGGAAUGUCACUUGAAACGCUUAUGAGGAUGAUCUCCGUGGCUGUUGUGGUACCAAUUGACUUGGAAGAGAUAGUUAAAUAACUCAGCUGAAAUCACUUGAUCAUUUUGUGCCAAGAUAUGCUGUUGGUGCCUGAUAGGCAUUAGUCUCCUAUUUUUUAGGUGCCCUGUUCUCCUGCCAUAAUUGUGAAAGAUUUGUGAGAAAAGUGCAAGUCAUGUUUAUCCUGAAUUUUGACCUAAUAAUUUGUAGCACUAAUCAUAUGCAUGUAGCUUUCUGUUUACACCUUGUGCCACAUGGUCUUCAUUUAUGCCAGGUAAACCGUAUUUGAACUCUGUGCAGGCAGCUUUGUUUUUAUCUGCUUGGCUACCCAUGUAGCUGCUUUAAAAAUCUUAUUCUUCAGAUACUUAAGAGCCAAACUCUUUCCAUUCCAUUUAAAAUGUUUUCAUUUAGUCCUCUUCAUUUUCCCAGUUCGUCUCUUACUCCAUGAACUUUAAAACAAAAAACAAAGUUUUGAGAGCAGCACAUGCAUCCAGGCAUUAAUAGAGUAUUGUAAGCAAGGGAGCUUAGGUGUUAUUUCCUUAAUUUAUGCCUGAAUUUGAAACAUUAUUUCUGGCUCUCUCCAUGGCCUCCUGUAACAGGUAGGGGUUUUAUACAUAGAAAUAUACAUUUAUUUCAGCAUUGGGCACUGAAUUAGGACAGUCCUCAUCUCAUUGCUUGGCCCUUCAAGCAACUUCGCUAAAAGGUGCUGAUAUUUCAUUUAGUACUGCCAACUUCAAGUGAUUCAAAUAUCUUGCUUUCUGAACCAAGAUAUAUUUAAUAGUUCAUUUUUGGGUUUUUAUACCCAAGGACGAUUCUGCAUUCCAGCGUUAAGUCUGCUUUAUUUUAAAACUUUUAUGAAAAGCAACAGCUGGAAUAUACUCCCAGUCUUAAAAUAAAUGCCUGAUUUAAAGCAACUAGGUUAUGCUGAAGUAUAUAAAGGUUUAUAUUCUCUCAAAAAUGGUAUUAUCUUUAUUUGCUAGAUUUUUUUUUUAAACUUUUAAGAGGGCUGUAACAGUUGCUGCUAGUAUUUUGUUAGGGUUCCACCAGUAUUUAGUUUUUACAUCAUUCUAAUGUAUAGUUUCAAGUCUUACUAGACAAUCUGAAUUCCACUACAUUUCUCUUUGGCUCCAACAUUCCAUUUAGCUUGACCAGUCUAAUUUAACAUGUGUUUGUUGGAGGUCAUUACUGUUACUUGUACAAUGCUGUCACUGUGUGACAUCCAUAUAAAUUUUGGUGUUAUCACAUUGCAUUCAGUCAGCUGUGAUUAUGCUUAGAAAUACUAUAGUAACUAGAUGCAGUGUGAAUUUUUUUCCAUUAACAACAGUCAGUCAGUGGCUUAAAUGUGAUUAUGGUCCUGCAAGGUGAUACUUGCUAAAAUAUCUAAACUUUUUUUGUUGUUGUAACUGAAUCAUUUUUUUAAAAAUUUAUAAAGCUGGAAAUGAUCAAAUGCUGUUUUUUCCAUUGUCAACAGUGGUGUCAUUUUAUGUGUGUUCCUAAUGCUUAUGGAACUCUCCCAAAAUAAAGUUAUUCAAAAAGAGCAAA